AUGGAGCCCGGCGGCGGCGGGGACGCGCUCCCGAGGCUGCGGCGCCCGGGGCGGCGCGGGCCGGAGCCCCGGGAGCUCCGGGAGCCGCAGCAGCCGCCUGGCCGGGGCGGCGGGACGGCCGAAGAGUCUACAGCUGUAGAGAAGACGAUGAGGCCUCUUAGCAGACUGAAUAUUCAUUCUGCAUUCUGGAUUUUGGCAUCAAUAGCUGUGACAUACUACUUUGAUUUUUUAAAAAAUAUUAAAGAAACUAUGCAAGCAGAUAGCUGGUGGCUUUCCUGUGGCACUUGUUUAUUGGCUGCAUGUUUAGCUAUUGCCUUUUACUGCAUACUGUAUCUCGAGUGGUACUGUGGAAUUCAGGACUAUGAUGAGCAGUACCCUGCGCUGAUUCCUAUCACAACAGCUACCUUUAUAGCAGCAGCAAUUUGUUUCAAUGUUGCCUUGUGGCCUGUCUGGUCAUUUUUGACACCUGUGUUGCUCUUCAUUCAGUUCAUGGGUGUUGUGAUGCUUGUGUCACUCCUGGGAUAAGCUCCUCAGCUUCACGUGAAGGACCCAAGUAACUGUAAUCCUGCAAAGUGUAUGUCACUUUUGUUACAUUCCAAUACUUCUGUUGUUUCUAAUACUGUUUGCUCUAACUAAUACAGUAAUUCUUAAUCUACUUGGUUUAUAAAUCAAUGGACCUAACCAUAGGAAAAAACAACUGAUUAGUGAAUAAUUGGAAGAUAAAUUUGCUUUACAUCUCUUAGUUACAUGAUGCCUUUCAUUUUGUAAAGCUUCUAUUUAUAUUUGAAUAUUAAGCACAUGGGUAGUAAGUAACAGCAUCAUGGAAUAGUUAGUGUUGAAAGGGACCUUUCAAUAUUAUCUCUGGGGGCCUCAGAGGUCACCUACUCGAACUUCCUGCUCAAAUCAUGUUGUUUGAUUUGGAAGUAAGUGAUACUUAAAUCAAGUGUUGUGGGAUUUUAAUACUAUAUUCUUUCCAUUUGAAUUGACAGGUAAAAUACUGUUAUCUGGAAUCUGUGUUUGUACUUACAAGUUUACUUACAGGAGACAUUUUCUUGAUCUGUUAAAUUUCUAAUGGUAUGUGUUGACAUGUUGGAAAUACUUUGUUAUCUAAUGUCUUGAAUGCAGAUUUUCUAGUGUUAAAAAAAUAAAAUAUGGAUGGGGUAAGGGAAAGCUGGUUGACGUUUGGCAGUGCCAUCAAUUAAAUAAAUACAUUCUGCUUGUGCCCAUACAGUUUGUCCACAGCCAAAGGUGAUGAUCAAGCUGUGAAUAACCAGCAAGAAAUUUGUAGCACACAUUAAAUUCUCUUGAUGUAUGCACUGUUUUUCAGUAUUCAGGGGUUUUUUCUCUGUAAGCUAACUUUUCAUUCUUAGCAGUGCCUGUUAAUGAAGUUGCCAUUUUCCUUCCUCAGCAAUGAAGUGGCUGAUAUUAACUUAAAAGCUACUAGUUAUACUCAGUUGAGGAAAUAAAAUAACAUUUUAUUUUUGUUAGGUGUCUGUUCAUGUUGACUGAGAUACUGAAGAUAUCUGAAGACCUAGGCACCAUCUAGUUGAUAGACCACUUUAUGUAGAUCCUUGUGUAAAUACUUUUCCACCCAUGCCUUUUGGAAAAUAGGAGAAUAUAGAAACUGGGCAUUGAAACCUGUUAAAAUCUACUCCUUGUGAGCAUUACUUGAAGUCUGGACUAUCAAAGGAUACUGUCUUCUUCAUUCUGACUUCCAAAUUUACACCAUUGCUGAACACAUGGAAUGUUUAGUAAAGAAAGAGAUACACAUUGUCUUUGGCUGUUACUGUUCCAUUAAUGGAAAAAGUUGUGACCUAAUAGUAUGUAAUACAAAGGAUCAGACAAACCAAAAUAAGAUGCAUUCAGCACUACUUGAAGUAACUUGUAGGGUAAGUUAACAGCUUUACUUGUUUAAGUGUAAUAUUUAAGUUUGCCAAAACCAGUCGUGCUUCACAUCUUUAAAGUGCAAGUGGCUUAUCUUCAGGUCUUUAUCUUUUAAAAGGUUGUAACAAUUUUAUGUCUGCAUACACAGGUACAUUUGAGUAACUUCCUUAUAAUAUUUAAAAUGCAGUAUUGCUCAGGGAUGGUUAUUAUAGCUGUAUUUUUAUUUGUCAUCUAUAUAAAUGCUCUAGGGUGUUUUAAGUUGCCUUGUGAUCUGAAUUAAAAUUACUGUU